AUGUCAGAAUCUUAAACAAGUGGAUAGACUGAAUUACCUAUUUAAGAGUAACAAUAUAAUCAGUAAAUUUUUUUACGAAAUAGUAAAACUUCAAUUGUAAGAUCAGAUGAAAAAAACAUUUAAUCUUUUUUCUUAUAAGAAUUAAGCCAAAAGGGAUUUUAAAUAAUCAAUUUGGACAAAAGUAACUCCCUAUUCAUUAAUGAAAACGUUAUUUUUUAUUGUAAAAUAGAGACUAUUGAAAAAUUUUAUGAUUUUUUAUGUUUCAUGAAUUAUUGCUAUAAUUGUGAAGGUAAGUAGUAUUAAAUAUUUUAUGACUAAAAUUAAAAUCCCAUUUAUAAGAUAGAAGAAGGGAAGUUUUACAUUUUUAUGUCGAGAAAAAAUAUAUUUGCAAUAAAUAGUAAAGGUAAAGAAUAUUCUGGAAAGUCUAAUUUGAUCAAAUAAGAAGGUUCUUUUUAAAAUGGAAAACCAGAAGAAAUAUAAUAAAUAGAUAGGGAAUUUUAAUAAAUGGCCAGUCCAUAUUCUGAGAAAAUAAUUAUUAAAGAUAUAGAAACUGGAAGACAACUUAAUUCUGGAAUUAAAAAAAAUAUAUUUUAAACUUAAGCUGUUUGGUGUAAAUUUAAUUAAUAGUUAAAUGAAAAGGAUAAAUAAAUUCUGAGCUAAAGAUGUUGGUUAAAUAGCAGUAUUAUUGAUGCUUAUGUCUUUUUUCUUAAUUUAGAAAAUGAAAAGAAAUAUUUCAAUAAGAAUGUUAAAAUUAGAAGUUAACUUUAAUAAAUUUUAUUAAUCCCAACAACUUUUACUAGUAAUUUAGGUACUUCUUAUACAUUAGAAAAAGCAUAAUCGCUUUUUUAACAAGAAUUGCUUUAAUUUUAAGAUUUGAAUUGGAAUUUAAAACUAGUGUAUAAAUGUAUCGGCUUCCCAAUUAAUAGAAAUAAAGCUCAUUGGUAUUUUUUGCUAUUUCAUUUAUAAGACAAUAUUGUUGAGCUAUUUGAUUCACUUCCCUCAAUUUCUUUUGAUGAUAAUUUAGUUAAAACUUUAGAACAAAUUUUAUAAUUAGGGCAAUGUAUUAGAAGUAUAAAAAAGGAUUUCUGUUUAUAAAGAGAUGGAUAUUCAUGUGGAUAUUAUGUUUGCUCGUUUAUGCAAUAUAUUUCAAACCUUUCUGAUAAUCCAAAUUUAAAAUAUUAAUAUAAUGAAGUUGAAAUGAGAAAAGAGUUGUUAAAUGUUAUUCAGGAAAUAUAUUGA